GUUUGUGUCGCCGCCUGGCGUCAUUUCCCGCAACAGCUCCCCUGAUUGUGAUGUCUUCUGAAAAUCCUUCGGAGGGUGGGAGCUUGAAUUUUCUAUGUGAUUCGUGUGAAACUCUUGUGAAUGGUGCUUCAACCCGACCACUGAUGAGUAAUAAAGUACUAUGUCCAGUUUGAAAAUCGAAGCAUGAAUGUCGGCUAGCUCAGAUAGUUGUGCUUGUGGUCAUGUUGGAGACCAGAUCUGUUCGUGGAAUGCCAGAGCCCUCUUGGCAGUCUAAGAGUAAUUUCGGCGCUAGAUCGACCCCCCAUGCGAUGGCUGCACCAAACAUACGACAUGGCAAAACUGGGCAAGAUGACAUUUGCCAUGUUGUGGCCAAGUAUGACUACGCCGCGCAGGGGCCCCAGGAGCUCGACCUCAGGAAGAACGAGCGGUAUUUGCUCCUCGACGACUCCAAACAUUGGUGGAAAGUGCAGAAUUCGAGAAAUCAAGCCGGUUAUGUGCCAAGCAACUAUGUUAAGAAAGAGAAACCUUCGCUUUUUGAUAGUAUCAAGAAAAAGGUAACGGUAAAAAAGGGCGCCGGCUCAAAGACCCUCCCUUCGAACAACUCCCCCUCCCGGACGGUGGAGUCCCCCAGUAUGGCGCGUCGUCAAGCCGCUGAUCCCUCCGAAGCUAUCGGCACCGCCGUCGUCAAGUACAACUACCAAGCCCAGCAGCCCGAUGAGCUUUCCCUCGUCAAAGGUUCCCGAAUUCUGAUUCUUGAGAAGAGUAAUGACGGAUGGUGGCGAGGCCAGAGUGGCAACGUCGCCGGAUGGUUCCCCUCGAACUACACUCAGGAGGAGGGCGACGCCGAUGAUACUCUCCACACGUACGCGAUGGCGGAGAACGUGCUGGAUAUCGUCGUGGCAUUGUACUCCUUCUCGUCGACGAACGACCAGGAGUUGUCUUUUGAGAAAGGGGACCGGUUAGAGAUUCUAGAUCGGCCCCCGAGCGACCCCGAAUGGUACAAAGCGAGAAAUGCGCAAGGACAGGUGGGGUUGGUGCCGAGGAACUACCUCCAGGAGUUGUCCGAGUAUUUGACUCAGCCGUUCCUGGAUAGGAAACAGGAGCCCAUGGAGCGGUCACAGGUCGCGAUGGGGGAUAAACCCCAUCUGGUGGACAAGCCCUGGUACUAUGGGAGCAUCACCAGGUAUAUGUGUGAUAAUCUUCUGAAUCAGAGGGGACACGAUGGGGAUUUUCUCAUCAGGGAUAGUGAGACGAAUGUUGGAGAUUAUUCGGUGUCGCUGAAAGCCCCCGGCCGCAACAAGCAUUUCCGUGUUCAUGUCGAGGGGGCGCUGUACUGCAUUGGACAACGAAAAUUCCACACGUUAGACCAACUCGUCGACCAUUACCAGAGGGCGCCGAUUUAUACGAACAAACAAGGCGAAAAACUGUACCUCGUACGUCCAUUACCCAAACCAACCAACGGAUAAAAAAACAGUUAAUUCUCUCUUUUUGUGUCUCAAGAGUGACGUUAAAAAAACGAAAAAUCUGGUCAUUUUUUGUGUAUAUUUUUUUAUUUCGUGAGUAUCUCAAAUACCAGUAGUCACAAGCACAACUAGGUCUCAGUGUUGGAAGAAAAACUUUGUAAAUGCAGCUUUUAUAUCGUCAAUACUCAUAAUGUAGAUGUAAGGAUUGGUUGCUUCCGGAAAUUGCGAUGAUAAAAGCCAAAACGGAUAGUUUAAGGGCGGAAUAAUAUUUUUUGUAAACGAGUUUUGACUUUCUUUCCACUGUAUUUAUUAUACAUAAACGUAAUUAUAGGUAAUUGAUGUGAGAGUUUUUGUGAGUUUGAAUUAUUUAAUAAUAAAUAUAUGGUCUGAUCUUUUGAUUAUUUACAGGAAGUCAUUACACACCCGUUAGAGUUGUUGAAAAUAAUGAAAUUAAUCGACUGUUGAAAUUAUUACAAAGUUUGAGAGUGUAAAAGUUUUUCUACUUUUUAUAUUAAUAAUUAAAAAUUGUAAAAAAAUCAUAUCAUAAAUCAAAUUGCUGCGCCUAGGUAGUUUGCCAGUCUUUGCGUACCUUAUUGUAAUUUUUUUAUAACGAAGGCUCUUAGGACCAUUUAUUUACUCAGUAUGACGUAAUUAGGAUAAUGUUAAUCCUGGAGUUGGACACUCCAUACUCGGCCACAUUAGACGGUUAGUGAAUACAUAGUUUAAGCUUUGUGACAACUUUUGUCUUUAAAAUAAUUGUGUAUUAUGUAAAUAAACAUGAGCCUGUAUGUCAAACGAGUAUUGGACAUUUCUCAAUAUACUUAUACAAACCA